CGUAGAACUACGCAAUAUCAGUCACCAUGAGCCAGAGCGAGCCUUUCUAUCUGCGGUACUACUCAGGCCACCAAGGACGAUUUGGACACGAGUUCUUGGAGUUCGAUUUCCGCGUGCUCGGAGACGGCCGCAGCGCAUCCGCGCGAUAUGCCAACAACUCAAACUACCGGAAUGACUCUUUGAUCCGAAAAGAGAUGUGCGUGAGCCAUGUCUUGGUUGCAGAGAUCAAGCGUAUCGUCAAGGAGAGCGAUAUCAUGAAGGAAGACGACACAAAAUGGCCGCAGAAGAACAAAGACGGCCGUCAAGAGCUGGAAAUUCGCGUGGGCAAUGAGCACAUUUCCUUCGAGACCGCGAAGAUUGGUUCGUUACAGGACGUGCAAGACUCCUCCGACCCAGAAGGCCUCCGCGUAUUCUACUACCUUGUCCAGGAUCUCAAGGCUUUGGUGUUCUCACUCAUCUCUCUGCACUUCAAGAUCAAGCCAAUUUGAGCGUCGAAGCAUCUCCGGGAGGCGUUGUCUGUUUGCUUUUCCCGCCAGCGAAUCAUCCUGAGGCGAAUGAUGGGCGCACGGGGUCUUGCCUAUUUGUGGGGAAUAGGGCGUCCGGAGUCCAGAAGCAUCAGCUCAUGGCUUUCUUGACAACCGGCAUCCGUCGAACAGUCUAGCGAAACAGUCUCUUCGCGGAAAUGCAGCUUUUUUGACGUGGAUGCGGCCUGCGGCAAGCCGUGAUGCGCAUCAAUUCAGCCAGAAGCGCCAAGGCUGCACGCAAUUCUUCCAAGACCCGCACUUUCGGAUUGCACGUCACCUGAUUUUGAGAUGGUCAAGCCAUUCGGGC